UUCAUUGUAGGCAGAGUAACAAAACCUGCGGGGAAAGUGUGCAUACAAGAGUCGGUGAGCAUACCGCCCUGGCCAACCAAAACAUUGCAGCAUGGUGGCGGCGAGGCGGCGCUGACCCGAGGCACACCAGGCAGGGAACACCGCGCCGGGCCGUGAAUAUAUACACCACAGGCAGACGGACGCUCAGGAAAGGGAUCAGGAGGUGCACUAAAUAAGCCAGGGGACGAGUACUGGAGGCAGCAUGGUGGCGGCGGCGGCAGGGCAGCAGCAGGCGGGAGAGGGGCGGCCUGCCAUGAACGUGCCGCGCCACGUCCUGGACGCCUUCAGCGGCCUGGUGUCCGGCGAGGAGAGGAAGAGGGCGGCGGCGGGCAUGGUGGUCCUGCAGCACGUGGACCUGGUGCUGAGGGGCGGCGUGCAGGGUAAGGAGCUGCCAGCGGGGGUGAGAUACAUCUUGCAGAGGCUGGUGUCUGGUCUUGCCUCCACCCGAUUUUCUGCAAGGGAAGGAUAUUACUCCACCCUCUGCCUCAUCCUUCGCCUCCACCCCUCCUCCCUCAAGCCCGCCUACAUCCUCUCCCUCCUCACCAGCAAGAAGUCUGCCACCAUGAAGGCUCUCACCAAGGAUGAGAUAAAGGACCAGCUGAUGGCAGAACUACUCCUGUGUGGAGCAAUUGUGAGGUCAGGGCAGGUCAGGCGGGCCCCAGAGCUGUUGCAGUGUGUGGUGAACCAACUGUGUGCCUUGAGGGCCAAGAAGAGCUACUUGGACAUCACCGCCACACAGUUCCUGGUCAGCCUGAUGGAGGGGUGUGAGGGUGGCAUCAUGCAUGAGGAGGUCUUACAGAGCCUCCAGGCUGAGCUACAGGGGCCCGUGGCAGAUCUGUCUCCAAGCCAGCUGUGGCUACGUCUGGUCCUGCUGAGGAAGCACCGCAAGGACCCACCUGUCUGGCUCACCUCCACUCUAACCCCCAAGAACCAUGAAGCACUAGGGCAGACUAUAAUGAAAGCAGUCAUUGGCCUCCCAGAAGUCCACCCAGUGUUGUCGGAGCUUGUGUCUAACCUGGCCGCCUCCUCCUCUGCGCUUCUGGUCAAGUUCUGGGGGGUGACCUUGGAGCCUCUGCAGGCCCAUGCCACCCCAGGAAAACUACAAAUCCUCUUCCAUCUCCUUAAGUUCAUCAUUCCACACCUGAGGACAGCUGCAGAGUUCAAAGCCGUUGUCACUCCCUCUGUGGUGGGUUUGCUGCUCAGCUCCUUGACCCAGUCCCUACGUGACCUGAAGGAGGCUGCCCGGGGGGUCACUGCAGCCCUCGUCCAGCUUGUGAAGGAUCACCAGGAUGAGGAGAGUAACCUACAGCUGGUGGUGGUGCAGGCGCUGAUCACCCAACCAGGUAGUGUGCGUUUUGACCAAUUGGGCGGACACAAGGUGCUGGCGGUGAUGAUGCCCAGCUUCACUCUCAGCACACUCAAGGGCUUUGCCAGCAUACUCCAGGAGGUGCUGAAUAAGCCUAAGGUGGCCAAGGACUCCGGGGUGCCAGACAGGAACUAUGCGGCGCACACCUUGUGCAACCUGCUGGGCCAGCCGAGGGCAUGUGCAACAGAGGCAGGCGAGUGGCAGAAGCAGCAGCUGGCAGCCUUCCUCAAGGCAGCGCUCCUCACGCCCAGGAAUGAGGAGGAAAGGGAGGGGGACGCAAUCAAAGAUGCAUUCUUCAAAGUUCUUGGGAAGCAUUUAGGACACAUCAAGGAGUAUAAGAUCACCCUGCUGAGCCUGGUGGAGGAGGUGGAGAAGGAGCUGAGGGUGGCAGAGAAGGCUGACGCUGGUGAUGGUCCAUCUCCCACGAUCCUUGGUGUGAAGGGGAGGCAGCAGUGGUCCAAGGUGUACUCCAGGCUGGCAAGGCUGAAGAAGGACUACAAAGAGGACACAGAAGAAGACAUAGCCAAGACCAUCUUCCAGGUACUGUAUUGCCAGAUGGCUCUCCACCUCUUUGUUGAUGUAACGGUGGCCACAGAGAGCAUUGACGAGUUCAUAACAUGCCACAAGGAGGUGAAGAAGCUGGGCAUGUUCAGUGAUGAUGCAGAGGAGGAGGAGGAGGAGGAGGAGGACGACAAAGAAGAGGAAGGCGUAGAGGGGAAGCCUAACUGGGUGGAGGUGGUGACAGAGAUGUUCCUGACCCUGAUGACCCAGGAGACGCACCUCUUCCGCAGCGUUGUCCAGGGCCUCUUUUGGCUGCUCAACCCUCUGAUGACGGCCGUGGCACUCAGCCUCCUCACAGACGUCCUGGACACAGAUAAGGCCCGGGAACUGUUGAAGAAAGAAGGAGAAGAGAGUGAAGACGAGGACGAAGAUGAGGAGGAUGAGGAUGAAGAUGAGGAAGAGGAAGAUGAUGAUGAGGAAGAUAAAGAAGGCAAGAAUGAAGAAAAGGAUGGUGAUGAUAGUGAUUCAGAUGAGGAGGAGGAAGAGGAAGGACCUGGUGAAGAUGAUGAUCCAAAUCUUUUUACUUUGAGGAAGAAAAUGCUUAGUGCUGCAGGUGGAUUGGAUGUGGAUGUGGACAUGGACUCGGUGCCUCAGGAGGAGCUGGACCGCAUGGACGAGAGGCUUGGCGCACUGCUUGCCGAGUAUCGAGGGAAACAGAGAAGGAAAAGGAAGAAGAAAGGAGGUAGUGGAGAUGACGGGCCGCAGCUCACUCCUGACGAGCUGAGUCUCAUGCAUUUCCAGACCAGAGUGUGUGACAUGCUGAUGGUGUACAUAAAGGUAGCCCCCAACAUGACCCUCCAGGUGGGGCUGGUCAUCCCCCUCAUCAAGGCCCUGCGCGUGGCUGAAUUUGACGCCCGCCAGAAGGACCUCCAGAACAAGUUGGCUAAUGUCAUCAGUGCCCUGGAAAAGAAGAAAAAGUUUGACACCCUUGGGGACCUCACCACUAAGAGCUGGAAGAAGAUUGUCAAUGAAUUCUUCUCUAUUGCCUGCCAGAUGCCUGACAGGUUUGUGUCUGUCAUCCAGUCGUGCUACUCACAGCUGAUGCAUUGCGGCCAUCUGCUGCUGGGAAAGGUUGAGGGAGCAGCAAUGAAGCCAGACAACUUCCUGACAUUGACAUAUGUCUCACACCUCAAGACCUUCUUCACUCAGAACAGCCACCAGCUUACUAAAGUGCAGCCUUUCACUGAGCCAUGCACCUACAACAUGGGAGGACUGUGGCAGGUGGCAGCUAUCCUUCUGCAGGCAGCCUUUGACCCCACUCUAAAGGUACACAUCCAGAGUCAAGGACUCAGGACCCUGCAACAGCUGUACACCAACAAGACACUGGUGGCUGAGCGCAGCAGAGAGGAGGUUGCCGCUUUGGAACGAGACCUCUACAGCAGAGUGAUGGAGACCCUGGACUCCAUGCAGCCUCCCUUCAGUGGCCAUUAUGCAGCCUGUUUCUUCAACCUCCUGCGCUCCAUCUUACAGGCAGAGCGGCGCAGUGAAUCUGAGCUGAGGCUUGACUGGGGUGCCGUGCAGGAGCGAGUGAAGGCCUUCAGGGAGCGCAUCACCAGGAAGGAUCUCAAAGUCUUCCGGAAGGAGUACAACAUGCUCAGCGAGGCACUCAGGGGGCUGCUCUCCAAGAAGGGACAGAUGAAGCAGGAGCUGAAGAGAGUAGCCAAGGAGACAAACAAAGAGGGAAGCCAAGCGAGCCAGAUGGAGGUAAAUGAGGAGGACCGAACCAACAGCAGCAGCAGCCUGGUCAAUUCUACCACUGUGCUUGAGGAAGUGGAAGAAGAGAAGAAAAGCAAGAAGAAGAAAAAGAAAAACAAGCAGGUCCCUCAUGAAGAAGAGACAAUCAAGGUGAAGGACAUUGAGGAAACAGACAGCCAGGACACCGUGAAGAUAGAGGAAAGCAGUGAUGACGAGAUAAUGGUGAUCAAUGGGAAUAAUAAUGAAAUUGAAUAUCUAGGAGAAGUAAAUGUGGAAGAGACGAAGACAAAAAAGAAAAAGAAAAAGAAAGACAAGCAUGCCAACACAAUAGCCACCACUGAAGACACCACAGAAACCCCAGACCAGGAAGUCAUUCCAAAAAAGAAGAAGAAAAAGAAAGACAAGCUCACAGAAACAGCAGCCAUUAUCACAGCCAGUGCAAGUGAUAGCCCACAAAAGGAAGACAACUUGAGUGAGGAAAGAAAAGAAGGAAGCAAGAAAAAGAAGAAAAAGGACAAGCAAAAGGACAAGCUCGCAGAUGCAGUGAUCAUAGACAGCAUCACAAUCUCAGAAAGUCAGGACACCCAGAGUGAGGAAAUACUAGAGGAAGUAACUGUGAUAAAGAAGAAAAAGAAGAAAGACAAGCUCCGUGAUAAGAGAAAGCAGAAAGAUGAGGGCGAGGAAGAGAAGGCAGCUAAUGGAGGAGAACAACAGAUUGGUCCCCCCUCCUCAUCCCUUACUCCAGAACCACCCGCAAAGAAAAAGAAGAAAAAGCACAUCCGACAAGAAAAUGGUGAUCUGUAGCCUCGACAAUCACAUAAAAGCAAAGUAAGUCAGCCUCCACAUUGUCAUCCUGGGGCAGAGUUAAAUAAAUGAGUGUUUUA